AUGUCUGGAGCUCUGGGAACGGCUUUGUUACUGAAACCCGAGAUACGACUCGCUCAGGCUGUCUCCGAGUUCGAGGCGGACCUCACAACCGAACAGAAAGCCACAUUCCGCACACUCAAGUCGCAGUCACAUUCCACCAGACCUGACCCAAGUGAUGUCAUGCGACUGACAGCCGAGAUGGACCGCUCUAUAUCGACUAAAUACAGCAGUCGAUGUUUUGGGCCUCGCUUCACCAACUUCCUUCAGGGUGUCCAGCAGUUUGCUGCACUCGGAGACGUGGUGGUUGGAGGGUCGCAAAACUUGAUAGCAUGUAGUGUGUGGUCGCUGGUGCGCAUGUCUUUACUGUCCAUCAUAUGUUUGUCAUCCUACAUUGACAAGCUAUCCUCGCUAUUCAUGGCCAUUGGUCGCGCUGCGCCGCGUUAUCAAGCAAUGGCCUUGUUGUAUCCUCGAUCCAAGAAGCUUCAAUCACACCUUGCAGAGUACUUCAUCUUGGUAGUCAAGCUGUGUCAUUAUUUAUUUAAGUAUGAGCAAAAGCCCUCCGUCUGGCAGUUCACAUCCUCACUAAACGAUACGCACCUAAAAACGAUCCAAUCAGACCUUGAUAAGUGGGCAAACUCUAUUAAAGAAGAGGUGCAUUUGAUUGAAGCUCAAGAGAAUUCUAGGUUUAGGGCCUUCACUCUGGAAACGCUCAAAUCUGGCGCACUUCAGCGAAUACAGGAAACCAAAAUGCGAAUACUUAACUUCUGCUCCAAAUACGACCACGAAACAGCAUGGAAACAGACUAGAAAACUUGGCAACUCAUCGUUCCACACGCAAAACGCAGAGUAUCAAGAAUGGAAAACUAGCCUGCUUCCUGGAACACUAAUGUUCACAGGCAAGCUAGGCUCAGGCAAAUCUGUGCUACCGGCCAACAUUGUGGACGAUCUUAAUCUCUCCACUGGAAAUGAUCGGCCUAUUGUAGCGUAUUUUUUCUGCAAAUAUGAUGUCUCGGAAAGCUUGCAGGCACAGACAAUUAUUGGCUCAUUGGUACGACAGCUGUUGUCUUCUAUAUCGGACCUCGGGGUACUCACGAACCGUUGCAAAGAUACUCAGAACAGAGGAGGAGAUGUGGAGGAGCUUCUUGAGUCUCUGUUUCAAGGUUUUACUUCGCACCAGAAAGUAUAUCUUGUCAUUGAUGGUCUUGACGAAUGCAACUUGGCCCAAAAUGAGAUACUGGUACAAGCGGUCCGGAAGAUUCAAGACACACUCAAAGUCUACGUAUGUGCUUCUAUUCGAGAAGAAGCAGACAUUAGUUUGCAAUCAAUAACCAGAGAACUUCACCGCAUACGCGUCAUCUCGUUACCGGACGAUAAUCCGGAUAUUGAGACUUUCAUUGAAACGGAACUAGAGCGUUGUCUUAUCCAAGGAACAAUGACGAUCGGUGAUCCAACUUUAAUACUAGAAAUUCAAGAUGCUCUUUUAUUAGGCUCUCAAGGAAUGUUUCUCUGGGUCGCUCUCCAGAUACGGACUUUGUGCGGAUUGAAAACCGAUUAUGCCAUGCGAGAAGCACUAGCGAACCUACCUAAGGAUCUUUCAGAGACAUUCUCAAGAAUCUUACAAGAUUCAGGACGUUUGGAUCCAUCUCUUCAAGCAAAAACCCUGCAAGUUGUCCUUGCAGCUUGUCGGCCUUUGACAACGAGUGAACUGCGCGAGGCUUUAAGCGUUAUUACUGGAGAUGCAACCUUGGAUCCGUCUAGAAUCUUACACGAUGUAUACUCAGCACUGGCUUGUUGCGGGUGUCUUCUCGAUGUUGAUGAGGAAGAGCUCACAGUCCGCGUUGUCCAUCACAGCGUCAAGCAAUUCACGCUCAAAGAUGCGAAAAGAACCAUGGCAAAUAUUGUUGUGACCUAUCUAAAUUAUGGUGUCUUCGGGACUGAGCUAUCAAGGACAAAAGUUCUCCCGAUCAUGGCCCAAUCAGCACCGUCCAAGAUCUUACAAGCCACCAUGGACUCUUCUAGCAGUACACGCCGCUUGGCUAUAAGGUUUCUCAAAUCAAGGAGGCAACCUACAUUUGAUAUGAGCAAAAUGAUUACAGAGUCGCUCAAUGCAUCUCGCUCCGAGGACAAUAGCUCGUUCAGAUUUUACGAAUAUGCAAACGAUUAUUGGCUGGAGCAUUUGAGCCAUGUAUCAGGACACGAUUCUGCCAUAUUCAGACUUUCUUCAAAGUUAAUUCAUAGUCGCGAAUCCGCACUCAGCAUCUCGAACGCUGAUCAGUGGGCCUUCACGGUCCAUGCUUGCAAUUAUAAGAACGAUAAGAUUCUGAGACUAUUGUUGCAGCUUGGAAAGAUUACUGAUGUUCACGCGAGAGAUAACAAAGAAUCUACAACACUCAUACAAGCAGCAUCAAGGGAAUACAGAGAUAUAGUUGGAACACUUCUCUACCUUGGAGCUCAUCCUGAUAUAAGAAAUAUUAUAGGACGUACAGCUCUCAUGCGUGCGGCAGAACUGGGAUUGAGGGAUACAGUAGAAAUGCUGCUUGACAUUGGCAAAGCUGAUUUCUGA